CUUCUCUCUCUCUCAUCAUCUCUCUUCUCCUAAGCUCUGUCUCUUCUUCUUCUUCUUCUUCUUCCUUCUCCUCUUCUGUGCCAUUGACUCACAAAUGAAGUACAUUCGAAGCAACAGCUUGAAACGUCUCUUCUCCUUUAAACGACGUAGUUUCGACUCCGACUCUGAGAACUCGAACUCGACUCCUCACACGGCUUCUUCCACCAAAUGCGUCGAGGGUUUUCAAGAAACAGAGCAGUUUCAAAGACCCAAAUGGAAAUGUUUCUCCUUUGAGGAAAUCUACGACGCAACCAACGGUUUCAGCUCAGAGAACUUGGUAGGUAGAGGUGGGUUUGCAGAGGUGUACAGAGGGGUGCUGAGUAACGAAAACUGCGAAGAGAUAGCUGUGAAGAGGAUAACAAGAGGAGGCAGAGACGAUGAGAGGAGAGAGAAAGAGUUUUUAAUGGAGAUUGGAACAAUCGGACAUGUCUCACACCCUAAUGUCUUGUCUCUUCUUGGUUGUUGUAUUGACAAUGGUCUCUAUCUUGUUUUCAUCUUCUCUUCUAGAGGCUCUGUUGCUUCUCUCCUUCAUGAUAUGAAUCAAGCACCAUUGGAGUGGGAGACAAGGUAUAAGAUUGCAAUUGGGACAGCAAAAGGGCUUCAUUAUUUACACAAAGGUUGUCAGAGAAGGAUCAUACAUAGAGACAUUAAAUCCUCUAAUGUUCUCUUAACCCAAGAUUUUCAACCACAGAUAUCUGAUUUUGGGUUGGCAAAAUGGCUGCCUUCUCAAUGGUCUCACCAUUCCAUUGCUCCAAUUGAAGGCACAUUUGGGCACUUAGCACCAGAGUACUACACACAUGGGAUUGUAGAUGAGAAGACUGAUGUAUUUGCUUUUGGUGUGUUCUUGCUUGAACUCAUUUCUGGUAAAAAACCUGUUGAUGCUUCUCAUCAAAGCCUACACAGCUGGGCAAAACUGAUUAUAAAAGAAGGAGAGAUUGAGAAGCUGGUGGAUCCGAGGAUCGGUGAAGAGUUCGACAUCCAACAACUUCAUCGAAUAGCUUUCGCGGCAUCUCUCUGCAUCCGAUCUUCGUCUCUAUGUCGACCUUCCAUGAUCGAGGUAUUAGAAGUGUUACAAGGAGAAGACAUAGAGAAGGAGAAAUGGAAAAUGGAAGAGGAAGAAGAAGUGAAAGAAGAGUUUUGGGGAUAUGAAGAUCUUGAGGAUUGUGAAUGUGAUUCUUCAAUCUCACUCUCUCCUCCUGACUCUAUCUCUAAUCAAAGCUCUUCACAUCGUAGUCGCUAGAUCUAAAAAUAUAUUAGUUGUAUAAUGUUGAAAAAUCAAUUUUGUUUGUCUCUUUCUUUUUAUUGUAUAUAUAUAUUUGUUUAGAGUUGUCUAUUUCAUAAACAAUUGAAGUAUUCAAUGAGGUGUUUUAUUUUAAUU